AUGGCUACAAUAGCCAUCGUUGAGGAUGAAAUAUCAACUAGCCCACCAACACCAUCAAUGUUUGCUGCACCCGAUCCAGAUAUAAAUCAAUCAUCAUUUGAUCGAAAUGAAACAAUUGCUCCUAUUCUAUCUUUUGGUUUAAUAACAGAUAUUCAUUAUGCUGAUCAUGAUGAUCGAUGGAAUUAUGUAAAAACACAUUUAAGACGUUAUAGAAAUGCAGCAAAAUUAGUCAAUGAAGCAUGUAAUUAUUGGUUAAAUGGCAAAUAUCCAAUAUCAUUUAUACUACAACUUGGAGAUAUUAUUGAUGGAAUUUGUUCUACAAAUAAAACAUCAAUCAAUGAUUUAAAUAUGAUAUUAGAACAAUUUACAAAGAAUUUUAAAUCUUUACCUAUUUAUCAUAUAUGGGGUAAUCAUGAAUUAUAUAAUUUUACACGAGAAGAAUUAAUAAAUGGACCAUUAUGUUCAUUUGAUACAAAAGAUACAUCUCCAGCACAUUAUGGAACAUUUGAAGUAUGCCCUAAUUUAAGAAUUAUUGCACUUGAUACAUAUGAAUUCAGUGCAUUAGGUAUUGAACAUGAUAGUGAAGCAUAUAUUCAAGCAACAGAAUUAUUAAAAAAACAUAAUCAAAAUGAACAAUUGAAUGAUCCAACUGGUUUACGUGGACAUCAACGAAGAUUUGUACAGUUUAAUGGUGGUAUCAAAUCAAAACAAAUGGACUGGCUAAAAGAACAAUUAACUGAAGCUAAAAAUCGUAAUGAAAAAGUUAUUAUUAUUGGUCAUAUUCCAAUUCAUCCAAGUGCAUGUGAUCAUCUUGAUCUAUUAUGGAAUUAUAAAGAAGUAUUAGAUCUUUUAUGGCAAUUUGAUGGUACUGUUCUCGCUUAUAUUGCUGGUCAUGAUCAUGAUGGUGGUUAUUUUCGUGAUCGAAAAAAUAUUCAUCAUUUAACAUUACAAGCUAUAGUGGAAUGUGAUCCAAAUACAAAUUCAUUUGCAACUGUACAUGUCUAUAACGAUUGUCUAUUAAUUGAAGGUGUUGGUCGUAUUGGUACCUAUAAAAUUGAUUGUCAAUUGUAA